UGUUGCCUCGACGACACAAUACUUGACGUCCAUGGUGAACAAUUCAUUGUCAGACGCCAACAAACUAAUAUCUGAGCGCCUGCAAAACCUCUCUUCAUCCUCCCAGUCAGAUUCUAAGAGUGUAGUGUUUUCUGCUUCCGGUGGACAAUUAUCGUCCGGUCAGGGUUUGAGGUUUAUGGUAUUCAGCAAUCUUCAUGUCAACACAGGUAACGGAUACGACACUGUAUCCGGCGUGUUUACGGUUCCAGUGGAAGGCGAGUACUUGUUUACUGCCUCUGUGCAGAAGACAGACACGGGCAAUGAUUUCAUCAGGUGCUAUAUCCAGAAAAACGGACGUGACCUCGUUCUGAUGUACAGCAAGGGGGUGUUUCCCGGUGAUUCGCCUUCAGCCUCGAAUUCGGUGAUCAUAAACGGGAAACUCGGGGACCGCUUCCAGGUCGGGCAGUGCACGGGUGCUGAUAGCCCGCUACCAAGAGGAACUACUUUCUCGGGAGUUCUAUUACACUGACAUUAAAAUUAAUGGAAAAAAAUGAAAAGGAAAAUAUUCUUCUUUUUUAUAUGAAAUGUGUGCUAAGGUCGCCUUUAAUAGUUGCAGAAACCAAACCACCUGAACAACGGGCCGAUUGUUCAGAACUUUGUUAAAGUUGUUAACGGCAUCGUUGUUAACUUUAAAAUGUAAAAAUAUGUUAUGGUGUUUUCAAAUAAUGAAGAUAACAUGAGGAAAGCUGGAACAGUUGUUUUAAAUCUUGUUGGAAUACUGCAGAUCACAAGUGUAUCCAUAAAACUUCCAGGGCAGUAAAUAAUAUAAAGUAAAUAAAGAUAACGUUAACAACGCUGUUUACUUCACCACAUUUCUGAAUACUCGGCUCAAUGUUUGUUAAAAAAAUAAUAUCAUUAUUUUGUUUAGCUUCUCGUUGAAA